CUCUUAGAAUAUGCAGAAAAGUGGAAGACAUCUGAAGAUCCUCUGCCAUUGUUGGAGGUAUACAGAGUGGCUAUCCAAAGUUAUGUUAAAGCACGACCUUAUCUUACCUCUGAGUGUGAAAAAGUAGCCUUUGUGCUUGAACGCUUAUCACUAAGCUGUGUGGAACUUUUACUGUGUCUGCCUCUUGACUUACCAGAAAAUAAAUGGGAAAAUUUUCAGGCAUUUGUACGGGUGUCCCAUGAAAAGUUGAUGGAGAAUGGCAGCUGUGAACUGCAUUUUUUAGCUACUCUUACUCAAGAGAAGGGAGCAUGGAAGAACCCAGUGCUCUGUGAUAUUCUUUCCCAGGAACCACUGAAUCAGGAUAAAGUGAAUGAAUUCUUAGAGUCCGAAGGGCCCGUCCUGCUGGAUAUGCGUAUUAAGCACCUAAUGAAAACAAAACAGCUAACUCAAGCUACUGCCUUGGCAAAACUGUGCUCUGACCACCCAGAAAUCAGCACCAAAGGCAGUUUUAAGCAAACCUAUCUGGUCUGUCUUUGUUCAGGAUCACCAAAUGAAAAGCUAAUGGAAGAGAUUGCAGAAGUAGAUUGCAAAGAUGCCCUAGAAAUGAUCUGCAAUCUAGAAUCUGAUGGAGAUGAAAAGAGUGCUCUAAUAUUAUGUGCAGCGUUUUUAUCUCGCCAGUUGCAGCAAGGAGAGAUGUAUUGUGCCUGGGAACUGACUCUCUUCUGGAGUAAACUGCAGCAAAGGGUAGAGCCCUCUGUACAAGUGUAUCUAGAGAGGUGUCGUCAACUUUCUGUGUUAACUAAAACAGUCUAUCACAUAUUCUUCCUGAUUAAAGUAAUUAAUUCAGAGAUUGAAGCAGCUGGACUUGCAACCUGCAUUGAACUGUGUGUGAAGGCACUACGUUUGGAAUCCAGUGAAAAUGCAGAUGUCAAGAUAUCUAUUUGCAAGACUAUCUCCUGUUUGUUGCCAGAUGAUUUGGAGGUUAAACGUGCUUGUCAAUUGAGUGAAUUUCUUCUUGAGCCUACUGUGGAUGCAUAUUAUGCUGUUGAAAUGCUGUAUAAUCAGCCUGAUCAGAAAUAUGAUGAAGAGAAUCUUCCAAUACCAAAUUCGUUACGCUGUGAGCUUUUACUUGUACUGAAAACUCAGUGGCCUUUUGAUCCAGAAUUCUGGGACUGGAAAACCUUAAAGCGUCAGUGUCUCGCAUUGAUGGGAGAGGAGGCAUCUAUUGUGUCCUCAAUAGAUGAGUUGAAUGAUAGUGAAGUAUAUGAGAAAGUUGAGGACUGCCAAGAGGAAAAUAAAGAAACUUCUUUGAAUGGAUUUCCUGGUUGUUUUGAUGAAGCUACUAGCCUCCUUAAAGGUAUCAGGGAUGAAAAGCAGAAAAAGAGAGAAAUAAAAAAACUCAGAGAGAGAGGAUUCAUAUCCGCGAGGUUCAGGAACUGGCAAGCUUACAUGCAGUAUUGUGUGUUAUGCGACAAAGAAUUCCUUGGUCACAGAAUAGUUAGGCAUGCACAAAAACACUAUAAAGAUGGAAUUUACAGUUGCCCUAUAUGUGCACAGAAUUUUAAUUCUAAAGAAACCUUUGUUCCUCAUGUAACUCUACAUGUUAAGAAGUCCAGCAAAGAGAGACUGGCUGCUAUGAAACCAUUGAGAAGACUGGGAAGACCUCCUAAAAUAGCAACCACCAAUGAGAAUCAGAAGUCUGAUGCUAUAUCCAAGCAGGAACAGCGACCCAUUAAAAAGAACAGUCUUUAUUCAGCAGACUUCAUUGUUUUUAAUGAUAAUGAUGGUUCAGACGACGAAAACGAUGACAAAGACAAACCGUAUGUACCAGAGAUAGUACCAGUUCAAAAGCCGUUGCCUGUUAAUGAGUUCACUUGCCCUGUAACAUUAUGUAAAAAAGGUUUUAAAUAUUUCAAAAAUUUGAUUGCCCAUGCCAAGGGCCACAAAGAUAAUGAGGAGGCUAAACGUUUUCUUGAAAUGCAGAGCAAAAAAGUGAUUUGCCAGUACUGUAGACGACAUUUUGUAAGUGUUACUCACCUUAAUGAUCACUUGCAAAUGCACUGUGGCAGCAAACCCUAUAUCUGCAUACAGAUGAAAUGUAAGGCUGGUUUUAACAGUUAUGCUGAGUUGUUGACUCAUAGAAAAGAGCAUCAAGUUUUCAGGGCAAAGUGUAUGUUUCCUAAAUGUGGCAGAGUGUUUUCAGAAGCAUAUUUGCUCUAUGAUCAUGAAGCACAACAUUAUAAUACCUAUACCUGCAAAUUCACAGGCUGUGGGAAAGUUUAUCGUUCUCAGAACGAGCUAGAAAGACACGUUGAGGAUCAUAAUAAGCAGCCCGAAAAGGUUUUACAAACUGAAUGCCAGACUAAUCCAACGGAUCAUACUCAACCUUCAAAAGCUAAUAAAAACACUGAAGGGGUCACUGUAAAAGAAGAAUCAGUGCUUCCUCUAGACAGUAAUACAAGUAACUUUACUGAAGGAGAAAGUAAAGUCUGGGAUCAAAUCAAAGCAGAUGCAGUUGGGACUGAGAAUGCAGCCAGCUUGUUUACACAAGGUAAUGCCCUGCCUGCUGAUGAUUUGGAACAACCUGUCACUGGCCCGGCAAAGACAGAAACAACAUUUCCUGGCAGUAACAUUAAGAUACCUGGUCUUAGCCAGAAGAUCCGAGAUAACUUUGUCAGAAGGGGCAAGUUAGCUGCUGCAGGCAGUAAAAUAGAUAACAGUAAAUCUGUUGUCCAGCAGUUGUGUUCAGCAGCUGAAGAUUCUUGUCUUCCAGUUUUCCAGAAAAGAAAGGAGAACGAAUGUUUCAAUCAGUCACAGAAUAUUCAGAAUAUUUCUGUAAAUUUAAACACACUAAAACCAGAAGCUCUUGAUUCAAAAAAUGUAGAAAGACAAGCAAGUGAUAUUAUUAAUCCUUUCAGCAUGCAGAAUCAGGCAGGGUAUCACAAUAAUGUACCUAUAUCCAAACUUGAACUUGAUGACAGUAUUAAGGCUGCAGCUAAUCUAUAUAAUCUGCCUCUGAAGCCAUUAGAGAGUAUUACAUUUGUUCCAUCACAGUCCAGCCUAAGCAGUUCUUCAAUUUCAACUGUACCACCGGCAGCACCAGUUCAAAAAUUUAAUUGUCAAGUUGAGGGGUGUACUCGAACCUACAACUCUUCACAAAGUAUUGGCAAACAUAUGAAGGCAGCACAUCCUGAUCAAUAUGCUGCUUUUAAAAUGCAACGUAAGAACAAGAAACCACGAAAACCUAGCAAUUUACAGAAUAUGCCAAAUGAUGGAAAGAUUGUAUAUUUUUUGCCAUCACAAGUAGGCAAUCCUAACAAUGCAGCUUUUACCCCACAAAGCAAAACCAGUGUAAAUCCCACUUGCUCCAGUCAAUUGCAGCAUGUUUCAAAUACACUUUUCCCGGCCCACUUAGAAAAUUUGACUAAUCCUAUGUUACCUACUGUGGAAAGUGUCAUAAAUCCAAGUCUGUCUUCUCGUAUUAAAAGUGAACCUGAGAAUGUUUUAUGUUCCCAAAUGGAAAAUAUGUCUAAUACAACGUUACCUUCACAAUUGGAAGAUCUGGCAAAAACAGUUAUGCCUUUGAAUAUUGACAGUGGCUCAGAUCCUUUCCUUCCUUUGCCUGCAGAAACUGGUUCUCUCUUUCCUUCACCAGCAGAUAACGCAACAAAUUCAGUCUUCUCACAGCUGGAAAACAAUACAAAUCAUUUUUCGUCACAACUUGAAGGAAAUGCUAGUUCUGCUUUUCCAAAGGAAGAAACUAUUGAUGAUCAAAUCUUUCCUUCUCAAGUGAACAGUGGAAAUAACUUCAGUGAAACCACCUCUGAGCAACCAGCUUUAGAAAAAAUGAAAAAGGAUCGUGGACGGGGUCCUAAUGGGAAAGAAAGGAAACCAAAACAUAACAAGCGGGCCAAAUGGCCAGCCAUUAUUAGAGACGGCAAAUUUAUUUGUAGUAGGUGUUUCAGAGUUUUUACUAAUCCCAGAUCACUUGGUGGUCACUUAUCUAAACGGUCCUACUGUAAACCUUUUGAGGAAUCAGAAAUUUCUGCAGAAGCCCUGCAGACUAAUGGACAAUCUCUGCUUGCCAGCAUGAUUCUUUCCUCAAAUACGCUAAACUUGCAGCAGUCCCAGGAGUCUGCCUUUAACCCAGAAGCUUGUUUUAAGGACCCAUCGUUCCUGCAGUUGCUUGCAGCUGAAAAUCGCUCAAAUGCUUUUUUUCAGAUGUUUUCACGGACUAAUGUGACUAACUUUAAUACCAGUGGCAAUGCGGAAGGUAAUGAAAUUAUUAAACAAGCCUUGGAAACUGCAGGCAUUCCAAGUACAUUUGAUAAUACAGAAAUGCUUCCCCAUGUAGUUACAACUAGCUGUGUCACUGGUACAACUCAGAUGAAUACUUCGAUUCUCUCCAAUUCAACUGUAUCGCCUCUUUUGCAGACAGUCUGCAACCCAAGUACCCUGCUAACAGACCAAAACAGGACCCUCAACACCAAAAUUUCUUCAAUAGAUGAAUGCAGCAGUUUGCCUGUUUUUGCAACAGAUGAUUUAAUGUUAAAGACUAUUGAAAAUGGUUUGUGCUCUAGCUCAUUUUCUAAUUCGGUUGCAGCAACACAGAAUUUUGCAGGUAAUAGUUCACGAGUUUCGGUUAUAAGUAGUCCUAAGAAUUCAGUACCAAGUAGCUUGAAUAAGAAAGGAAGUAGUGCUUCAAAGAGAAAGAAAAAAACAACUGCUCCAUUGCUUACACCUAACACUUCACAAAAAUUAGCAGUAAAUGAUUUAACAGCAAUGGGACUUCUAGCCAAAAGUACUGAAGGAAGUGUGCAAAUACCAACAGAUACUUUUCAGUCAAACAUGCUUGCAAACUGUGAGCCCCAGGUAUUGGUGGAAAAUCUUACACAGAAACUAAAUAGUGUUGACAAUCAGUUGUUCAUGGCCAGUAUCAAAGAGAAUUUCAAAAGUAAUCUUGAGUCUCAUGCAGCAUUAGCUCCUUUAACAAUAAAAACGGAAAAUGGUGACUCCCAAAUGAAUUCUUGUGCUCAAGGAAAUUCUGAUCUACAGAUUUCAGAAGACAGUGUUAAUCAAAACUUUGAGAAAACCAUGGAAAUAAUUAAGACUGCCAGGAAUUCCCAGAUACUUGAGGUAAAAAGUGAAAUCCAGGAUGCCGUCAUUCGGUCACCACAGGACUCACACAUUAAUACUGCAGAGCUUUCUCCAGCAAACACUUCACAAAAUACUAAAUUGACCAACCAUAUCCAGUUUGCAGUGCACACUGCAGAUAUCACUAGUGCAGUGAGCAACUCUUCUCAGUCAGAAUCUUCUCAAAAGGAUGAUGUUCUGAUGUUGGGUAUUUUAGAAGGCUUGCAGAAACUGAGAUUAGAAAAUGAUUCGACCACUCAGGAGUCUGACAGUGUAUCUGAGGAGCCUCCAGCAGAUAUACUUGUACCAGUGACUCCUGCCCCUGUUGUAUCAACUGAGAAGGCUUCUGUUGCCCCACCAUCUUCAGAGACAAGUCACGUUCAAUUCAGUGACAAAGUCCAUAAGCCUUUUGUAUGCCAGGACCAAGGCUGUAAUUAUAGUGCUAUGACAAAGGAUGCAUUAUUUAAACACUAUGGCAAAGUGCAUCAGUACACUCCAGAAAUGAUACUGGAAAUCAAGAAGCAUCAGUUGAAGUAUGCCCCAUUUAAAUGUGUUGUUACUACGUGUCCAAAAACAUUUACCAGGAACUCUAAUCUCCGAGCACACUGCCAGAUUGUUCAUCAUUUUACAACAGAGGAAAUGGUAAAAUUAAAAAUAAAAAGACCAUAUGGUAGAAGAUCUCAAAAUGAAAAUAUAAAUGCAACUCCACGACCUGUUGAAAUAAAAAGUCUGCAAAAUCUAAUAAUAGAAAAUAAAAAUGAACCUCAGUUAGCUAAAGGAACUGAAGUAAAGGAGGCUGUCACAGAGCCUAUGAAAAUCCUCGAAAAACUAAUUCCUACAAAAAAUAUUCCUGAAAAACUGGAAAAACCUCCACAGGUGGUUGCUAUUCCUACGGAGCAACUUAAUGCAGCGUCUGUUAGUAACAUGCAGAUGCAACCAAAAGUACGCAAAAUUAGACGGCAUAGGAAAGAAAAAGAGGAAAGAAAACGCAGGAAACCCGUUACUAAAUCUCUUGAGUUUCCUACCCGAUAUAGCCCCUACAGACCAUACCGAUGUGUCCAUCAAGGCUGCUUUGCAGCUUUUACAAUACAGCAAAAUCUAAUUCUUCAUUAUCAGGCUGUACACAAGUCAGAUUUACCUGUUUUCUCUGUGGAGGUUGAAGAAGAAAGUGAGCCAAAUAAAGAAGAACGUGAUGAAACUGAAACCAAACAGACUGUGAAAGAAUUCAGGUGUGAGGUGAGUGACUGCUCUCGAAUAUUUCAGGAGGUUACAAGUCUGAUACAGCAUUACAUGAAGCUUCAUGAGAUGUCUCCUGAGGAAAUUGGAAGCAUGAAAUCAGCCCUGGAUGUUGGAAAAUUUCCUUGUGAUCAGUCUCACUGUAAAUCUUCUUUUACAGCAUAUUUUAAUUAUAUUGUACAUCUUGAAACAGAUCAUGGAAUUAAGAUAAGGCAAAACAAAGUGGAAGAGGAUGGUGUAUUCAAAUGCGAUUGUGAGGGCUGUGACCGUAUUUAUGCAACUAGAUCCAAUCUGCUAAGGCACAUUUUUAACAAACAUAAUGACAAGCAUAAAGAUCAUCUAAUAAGACCCAGGCGUUUAACACCAGGUCAGGAAAAUAUUUCAAGCAAAGCAAACCAGGAGAAACCAUUAAAGGCUAAACAUAGAGGACUGAAACACAAUAGGUUGGGAAAAGAAGGAAACAGAUUGCCAAUAAAGACCAAACGAAAGAAAACCAACAACUUGGAAAACAAGAAUACAAAAGGCGGGCAAAUUCAAGAAAACAAGGCUUAUUCACUGAAGCGUGGAAAGAAUGUAUAUUCAAUAAAGGCAAGAAAUGAUGCCUUAUCUGAGUGUACAAGCCGAUUUGUAACACAAUAUCCUUGUAUGAUAAAGGGAUGUUCAUCAGUUGUUACAAGUGAGAGUAAUAUAAUUAGACAUUAUAAGUGUCAUAAAUUAUCUAAGGCAUUUACUUCACAACAUAGAAAUCUUCUCAUUGUCUCCAAGAAACAUUCUGCCACACCAGUAAAGGAGGCAUCUGGUGAACAGGAGGAGCCUAAUAAAGAAAGCGAUGUGAAAGAGUCUGAUCCUUGUUUGUCAGAGGUUAGUAAUGACUCAAGUACGUCUACAUUACCACAAGGUGAAAUUGGCAAAGGUGAAAAAGAUGAAGUGGAUGAACUGACAGAAUUGUUCAUUACUAAAUUGAUUAAUGAGGAUUGCAUGAGUGUUGAGAAUCAAGCAAAGACCUCUUCUGGUGUAAAUAGUGACUUGCAAGAAACCAGCUCAGAAAAGCAAAAAUCAAAUAAUUUAAAGAGAGCAAAUAAAGAAAAAAAUCUCUCUCAGAAUAAAAGAAGAAAAAUUGAGAAACCUGAAGUACUGCCACUUGAAGUAAGUAGCAUGCAUAGGGAGGAAGAGACUGCUGUUGCUAUUCAAACUGCUGAAGAACAACCUACAACAUUUGACUGGAGUUCUUUCAAGCCUAUGGGAUUUGAAGUUUCAUUCCUCAAGUUCCUUGAAGAGUCUGCUGUGAAGCAAAAGAAAAAUGCUGACAGAGACUACCAUACCAGUGGAACCAAAAAAGGGUCCCAUUCAUACUCAAGAAAAUCUACUGAAAAGACCUUAUUGGCAGGUAGUAAUGUCACAUGGGCAUGUUCUGAAAGCGAAACCUUUGUACAGUUUGCCAAUCCAUCGCAGCUCCAGUGUAGUGGUAAUGUAAAAAUAGUUUUAGACAAAACUCUUAAAGACUACACUGCACUUGUGUUGAAGCAGCUUCAGGAAAUGAAACCUACCGUCAGUUUGAAAAAACUUGAAGGACAUUGGGAGAAUGAUUCAGAGAUUACAGCUGCAAAAGAAAUGAAUGUGGGUAAAGAGGCAGGGGAUUCACAGUACUGAAACUUAAUAACGUUCUCUAAACAUGACCUGUAAUACAUUUUUAUUUUGAAUAGGAAGCCAUCAAGCAUGCUAGUAAUUGUGAAGCUUUUUUAUUUUGUUGAAGUGAUUUAACCUAGCAAAAAACAUGACAUUAGUCAUGUAAAUUUCUUAUUUGUUUUUAUCCCUAUGGGACUUGAACAGAAUCAUUUGCUUCAGUUUUGUAAAUAGUUGAUCAAAACCUCAACUUUCUAUCAAAUCGUCCUUUCCAUGGAAUAAAUCUUUGUGAAUUGUUUGUGAUUGGUAUCUUUCACCAGGUCACUGCUCAUGUAUAACAGUACUCUUUAUUUGUAGAUACAUUUUUUGUAUAUAUUUAUUAUUGUAAAUCAUUUGCUGCCACCAGCAGUCUGUAAGUCUAAACUAUUAAAUGACACAUUUAUAUUCGGAAUUUUAAUUUGUAACUAAGUGAUCGAGUUUUUAAAACUGUCCUUUAAUCAUUUUAAAUUAAGAAUUUUUUGAACUAAAACAAAAUAAGUCUGCCAUAGCCAGUUUAUUUUGCAUAAAGCAUUUAUUUACAGGAGAGGAGCUGGAUAAGAUCACAUUUCAUAGGUUAAACACCUGCUGACACAGUUCUCAUUUUUGUAAAUUUUAACAUCCAGCAUCUUUGGAUGAUAUUCAUAUGUAGUUAAACCACAAAUUUAAUAGUUUUUCCUAUAGCUGCAUUUUUCAUUGCUUUUAAUUGGAUACAAAGCAUUUAUGAUUCCAUAAUAAAAUGGAAAUGUGAAUAAAAAUAGUUUGCUACAUUGGAGAUUUAAAACAACAUUUGGUAUUAAAGAACCUGUUGUGAAUGUGAUAGAAAAUUAGUAGUGUGGAGCAGUGUAUAUAUUUGAGGUGGUGAUUUGUGAAGUAGCCCAGUAUUGCCUUAAAUAAAAUCACAUUUCAUUUCUUAUUUUAUACAUGUGAUCUUAUAAAGGUUAUUUUUGUUUCUGUAACUUAGAUUGGUGUAUAGUUUAACUUUUUGUUAAAAAAAUGCUACUUCAAAAGCAGUUUUUUUGUAAAUAGUGGGUUUAUAAGCAGAUGGUUUAUUUUGAUAAUACCAUUUUGGUAUCUAUCUAUAAAAACAUGAGUCCUCAUGCCGUAGCAUUUGAAACUGAAUAAACAAAGCACUUUCUGAAAAGGAAGUGAAAUUCUAAUCUUACAGACAAAAUUAAGUGGCUCUAUUCAGCAGAUGGCAUAGGUUCUCUCAGCACUUCCUUUGCUUUUGCUGACUGUAUUUGGAAACAGUUUAUCUACUCUGUAUUUCCCCACUGGAAUGAGCCUUGGGAGCAGUGCCACUUGCCAUAAGUAGGCUCUGAGUGAUCACUCUGUAUGCUGCUAAUUGAAAAGACAGGUAUCAGAUCUGUGUAGAAACCAAAACAGUGAAUACAUUAGUGGAAGCUGUCAUUAUCCAGGAAAAUGGAAAGUGGUUUUGAAAAUUUAAGAUCACUCUUUAUCUCAAACUGAACAAACCAGCUGUAUUGUGUGGUACCAAAAAUAUUUUUCCUUGGAUUCCCUCAGUCAUUGGACAUAAACUACCUUCAGUGGUAUAAAAUGGACUUUAUCUUGACAGCUGUUGUCUUGAUUUUUCUACAGAAUUGCCUCACUUCCAUGUAAAUCUCUUUGCAUUAAAUACUACACUUGAUUGCUUUAAACUUUUCACCUGUACUCUUUGACAGUUUACUUGUAUAUUAGUUUAAAGGAUACUUAAAUUCAGAGCCACAUGAGUUAUCUGCUUUAAGAGUGAAGAUGUAUGAAGUAGGAGAGAUUAUAGGAUUUAAACUUUGUGAAGAAUCUGUUGUCAUCUGAUCCUUAAUUGAGUACCAUCUUUCUCACAAUCAUGAGCUCUAGAAUUAGGUGAGUCUGUUAGCUGUCAGUAAGAACUUUCGUCUUCUUUUGAGCCACUGAACUAUUGCUGCCUCCAAAAUGGCAAUGCAAACAUGCACUCUAAAAAUAAAUGUUUAAAACAAAACGCCAUGAAAUAUUUCAAAGCCAGAAAGGACUGUUGUGAUUACUUAGUCUAACCGCCAUCAUAUGGGCCAUAGCACUUCCUGGAAUGACUUCAGCUUCAAGUACAGUAGUUGUGGUUGUCUAGAACAUAUCUUUUGAUCAUCCAAUCUUGUAAAAAAAUCUGUAAUCUUCCUUGGAGUCUCUGGCACUUCUGAGUGAAUGGUAAUGUGUCGAUCAGUGGUACACUGUCAGUAAUCUCAAGUUUUUUAAAAGAAUUUCUGACCUGUGUUAGCGCCUUUUUAAUUGUUAUGUAAGAUGUAACAAUUUCUUAAGAGUUUGCAUUCACAAGGUAUAUACUCUAUGAUUUGCACUUCAUUCAGGCUAAAUGAAUAUAUACUGCUCACAAUCACUUUCGUUUCUAAUUGGUAUCAUUUUUCCAUGCAUUAGAACCUAGAUUCUCAUGCCUUCCUGUAUAAUGGAAAUAGCAUAUGAGUAUUUGAGGGCAACAUUUUUCCUUAUGUACAUUUUGAAUUCAUAGUUCUACACUGGCAUGUUCUAAAAUCCCCCACCUUUUUCCACUGAUAUAAAUAUUCAGGAAAUUGUUUCUGUUUUGGACCCUAACACUGGCUGACAGGAUCUCCAAGAAGAUAUAUUAUU